CAGGUACGCGACUUUUUCGUUCUUUACGUUUUUACUACUUUAACAAUGGCUCGAAGAUACGAUUCACGGACAACCAUCUUUUCGCCCGAAGGGCGCUUAUACCAAGUCGAAUAUGCCAUGGAAGCCAUUUCGCAUGCCGGCAUUGCGCUAGGCAUUCUCGCAAAAGACGGUAUUGUUAUUGCUGCCGAAAAGAAAGUGACGUCCAAACUGUUGGAACAAUCUGCAUCCGCCGAAAAGAUCUACAAGCUCAACGACCGCAUGAUUUGUGGUGUAGCUGGUAUGACAGCAGACGCAAAUAUUCUAAUCAACUGGGCUCGGUCAAGCGCACAACGAUACUUGUUCACUUAUAACGAAGAGAUGCCUGUCGAACAGCUCGUCCAGCGUCUGUGCGAUUUGAAACAAGGCUACACACAGUAUGGUGGUUUGCGUCCAUUCGGUGUUUCAUUUAUCUUUGCUGGUUAUGACGACCACUACGGAUUCCAGCUGUACCAUUCCGAUCCUUCUGGCAACUAUGGCGGUUGGAAGGCAACGUGUAUCGGUGCCAACAAUGCGACCGCACAAAGUAUUCUGAAGCAGGAUCACAAGGAGGAUAUGACCGUGGAAGAGGCCAAGGCUUUGGCUAUCAAGGUUUUGAGCAAGACCAUGGAUAGCACUACUCUGAAUAGCGAGAAACUGGAAUUUGCUACCAUCCGUAUGGUGGACAGCAAAAUCAAGUACGAUCUUUACAAACCUGAAGAAAUCAAUGCAUUGUUGAAGGAGCAGAAUGUAGGAAGCGAAGCAAUGGAGGAGGGUCAAUAAUAUUCAUGUUGAUAUACAAAGCAACUUUAUAUAUAUCAAUUAAAAAAACAUCACGAGG